AGUAUUUAAGACAUGGAUUUGACACAAAACUGCCAGUAAUUGUGGGGAACAGUAGACAACACACAAGUCCUGCCAUACGAUGAAAGUCUUGGUAUUAUUAGCGGUUGGUUUGGCAGUCGUGUCGGCUAAAGUGCCGGGCAUUAAACUGCACACCGGGUACGAGAUGCCGGUGAUAGGUCUGGGCACGUGGCAGGCGACCGGCCAAUCGGUGAGACAGGCGGUGAAGGACGCCCUGGAGAUCGGGUACACCCAUAUCGACACCGCGGAGGUCUACAAGAACGAGAAAGAGGUCGGAGAGGGUAUUCACGACGCGUUCGCCGCCGGUUUCAUCAAACGCGAGGACCUGUUCAUCACCACAAAGGUUUGGCCGCAGGGAUCCAACCGACAGAAAGCGUUGGCCACUAUUCACCACUCGCUCCAGCAGUUGAACGUCUCAUACCUGGAUCUGGUCUUAAUUCACGCCCCACUCGAAGACUACGCGAACACGUGGAAGGGUUUGGAGGACGCCGUGGACCAGAAGUUGGUCCGCUCUAUCGGUAUCUCCAACUUCGACCACAGAGGAGACAUCGAUCACGUGUUCAACUCGGCCCGAAUCAAACCCGCGGUCAAUCAAAUCAAUAUCCAUCCGACGCUUAACAACGACGACGCCGUCACGUAUAGCAACCAAAAGGGUAUCGCAAUCACCGGCUAUUCACCGCUCGGCACCGGAGGUCUCGUUAAGAACCCGACUCUCGUGGCCAUCGGUAAGAAGCACAACAAGUCCGCGGCUCAGGUGGCCCUCCGCUGGCAGAUUGAGAGACAUCUGAUCACAAUUCCGAAGAGUGUCACCAAAAAGUACAUUAAGGAAGACUUCGAGAUCUUUGACUUCACUUUAACUCAAGAGGAGAUCCAAACCAUCCAUAAUAUGCAUUAA